AUGCCAACCUCCUUGGAACAGGCUGCAGCCCUCAUCGGCGGAGUCGGGACGCACCUCUUGUACUUCAAGCAUGGGGAGAGGCACGCCUACCCCUGGCGAUAUGUAGCCUUACUUCUGGCUGGAUCGCUUUCUCUCUGGGCCUUCAAGUGGUCACGAGAGGGAACCACCACAUCGAUUUUGGCCGUCACUUCGAGCACGUCGGUGCUCCUCUUCCUAUACCUCGGAGGGCUCGCCGGCAGUGUCCUUCUUUACCGACUAUUCUUCAACCCCUUGAAUCGGUUUCCAGGACCCUUCGCUGCGAGAUUAUCCAAGCUAUACUUCGUAUAUCUGAGUUCCGACCUUCGCGGACACCGGAAGCUGCAUGAAUUACAUCAAAAGUAUGGCCGGUAUGUUCGCGUUGGACCCAACGACCUGUCCGUUGUCGACCCAGACGGCAUGAAGAUCGUUCUCGGAGCCAAUUCGAAAUGCACCAAAUCAGCCUGGUACGGCCAGGAUAUGCCGUAUAUCUCCACAAACACAACGCGGGACCGGGCUGCCCACGACAGGAGACGUCGCAUUCUCGCACCGGCAUUUAGCGACAAGGCCCUGCGAGGUUACGCUUCACGUCUACAAAAGUUUCACGACCUGCUCACGUCCCAGAUCGAUGCCUCGGCAGGAAAACCGAUGAAUGUCACAAAGUGGUUCGGGUAUUGGGGUAUGGACAUGAUGUGCGACAUUGUGUUCAAUGGAUCGUUCAACAUGCUCGCAAGUGGCGAGACGCACUGGGCGCUUCAGGUGGUCGGUGACGGUCUGCAUCUCCAAGGCUUCGCCCUGCCGCCGUGGCUGUAUCGGGUAUUUGCGACGAUGCCCAAGUCCAGCUCUGGCAGUCGCGGCUUGGCAGCCUUUGCGGCGACGCAGCUGGAGAACCGCAUGCAACAGCAGGGCAAGACGGCUCACGCAGACAUGAUGCAGCCCCUGAUCGAGCACUACGACCGCCUGAGCACGGACACGAAGCGGGCGAUACUGCCGCUGCUUCAAGGCGACUCUCGGAUGUUGAUUGUUGCAGGCAGCGAUACGACAUCGACGACGUUGGUUCACAUGUUUUAUCGCUUCUGCAAGGAGUCAGGCCUCGUUGAUAGAGUGCGGGAGGAGGUGGAGCCGCUUGUAUCGGACCCGAACCUGAUCUCGUACUCAGACAUCCGCCAGGCCCAGCUGCUCCAUGCGUGCAUCAAUGAGACUCUGCGGUUGCAUUAUCCUGGGCCGUCUGGCUUCUUCAGGAAGACGCCCCCCGAGGGAAUCCACAUUGGUGAGCAGCACGUUCCAGGGGACACCAUAAUCCAGAUGCCGCCCUACGUCAUGGGCCUAGACGAGGAGGUGUACGAACGAUGCAGCGAAUUUGUGCCCGAAAGAUGGUACUCGAAGCCCGAAAUGAUCAAGCACAAGGACGCAUUCUUGCCGUUCCUGGCCGGAUCAGAGUCCUGCAUAGGCAAGAAUUUGGCAUACAUUCAGCUGGCGGUGGUUGCGUCCCAGAUCAUCCUCCAAUUCGAUGUGGCGUUUGCGCCAGGCGAGGACGGGAACAAGCUGGUGCGGGAGUCAAAGGACCUCGGUAUGCUGCAUCCGGAGGAUCUGCACGUGGUAUUCACUCGUCGGGGUAAGACGCAUUCGUGA